UCGCUCACCGCCGCCCACCUGUCACAAGAGCUUCGGGCGGACCGCCUGUUCGAACGUCCCACAGCAGCGCACCGCAUACUUUGCCCCGUUUGCCCCUUCUCGCUCGCUUCAGCGAUUCGCAUGCCGGUCCCAUCCCUCUGGAGGUGUAUCUUAAGCUAUGGUAUAGAACAAUCGAGGAACACGGAUGGUUGGUCGCAGGUUCGCACACCGUAGGGUGGCUUUAGGGAGGCUAGAGUCGCGGCAAUAUGUUAAGCAAGACUCGCAUACCCACCGACGAAGAGCUGGGCAAGAAGGACGAUGACCACAGGCCAGGGCUUCGCAGCGGUUUGACUGUGGGGAGACCGAGAUGGGACAUGUUUGCAGGCAUCUUUCGAUGGCGUCGCAGACGGGUGACGUUAGCUGUGGUCCUCUCUGGUCUACUGUACCUGUCAUUGACCAGUAUGCCACUCCUGAGCGGCUUGUGGACACCUUCAGCACCAUGGGGAGAUGUCUAUGUCCCCGAACAAGAGCCGAAAGGACCACCACCAGCCUUUACGAUAUCCGGGACCGGCCGGGGCCUAAAGCGCAAGUAUGCAGGCCCUGUCAGAUUCUACAGGCUGGCUUCGUCCCUCAAUGCGGCAGCACAUACGGGGGGCUACCACCCUUCGAACCGCAACGUGCUCUUUGCAAUCUCGAACCUGAAGAGCGCGUCUGUGGUUCUUCCAUUGGCUUGUGAAAUGGCCAAAUGGAACCGGAACUACGUGCACAUUGCCUUCAUGGGUUGGGAUGACGUCCCGAUCUCCGCUCUACUGGACUUCCACGGGGUUGACAAUGCUUCGUGUCCAGCCAUGUGGCAUGACGCGAGACCGGAUUACAUGGAGUACAGUAACGAAGCUCGCGCUGAGUCAAGCGUCGUAGCGGCGUUGAUGCACAUUAACAACUACCUGCAUCCCCAGGUAGCGAUUAUGGACGACUCAGCUGCAGAGGACCCUUUCUUCGUAAGAGGGAUCCGGACUAAGACGAAGAUGCUCAGCAUACCUCUCAUCGAGAUCCCCAAAGAUCGUUGGCGGAACUUCUUGUGGAUCACGAGAUUAGACGCGGGUUCCUUGAAGAGUUGGCACAAACCCACCAUCGAGGUGGUUCUGCAGCUGCCAUCCGCCUCCACCGGCGGUGUAUUUCGCCUUUUGAAAUCACUCGCUGAUGCCGACUACAAUGGUGUCAGACCCCCCUGGCUUACUAUUGAUGUAGCAGCGGAUGCGGAUCCAUCUGUCGAACAGUAUCUGAAAGAUUUCCAUUGGCCUCCAGACGACAGGGCUGUAGCUGAGCGGAGUCAGUUUACUAUACGCCGUCGUGUCACAGAUCCAGCUACUCGAGAAGGUGCAGCAGUUCGAUUGCUGGAAUCAUUUUACCCGGAUGACACCCUGCACUCGCACGUGCUGGUGCUAACACCUAACUCAGAGCUCUCACCCUUGUUCUAUCAUUACCUAUUCUACCUCCUACUCGAGUACCGAUAUUCCGCCUACAGCGAUGCUGACGGUGCUAAUAUUAUGGGUAUCAGUUUGGAGCAACCCGCAGUGUUAUUGGAUGGCAGGACGAAGCUUCCCGCAUUUCAGGUUUCUGAUCUGCACUCUUCCAGGUACUCUGAUCGUUUUCCCGAAGAAGAGAAUAUCCCUUUCCUAUGGCAAGGUCCUGGAACGCAUGCCGCCCUUUACUUCAGCGACAAGUGGACUGAGAUGCACUCGUUCGUCCGUAAUCGUAUUGCAAAAAGCUACCAGCAAGGAGCCAACAUAACCGCUCCCGCCCCUGUGAAGCCGGAAACUCUCUCAUCACUGGCAGAUUAUAUGGUAGAGCUGAUGCGUGUGAGAGGAUACUCGCUGCUCUAUCCUGGUACAAACUCGUUGCAAUCCUUGGUUAAACUGCAUAACGAGUUGCGCCAUCCUCUCGAGACCAAGGAUCGGGCUAUACCACCGGAAAACGUACUCAUUCCCUACUCUUGGCCGUUACAUGUCGCUCUUCCUUUUGACGGGGACUUGCCAGAGGUUGCACAUUUGCCAUUCUUGGAUACCGAUGGAAAUAAGGUGGACCACGAGAGUGCGACGGCUAGUGCUGCUGUUCAUGCAGAUGAGUUCAGAGAGACAGUUGGAGGGUGCAAUGGAACCAAAACCAUGCACAGGAAAGCGAUACAUGGCGGUGCGGAAGAUCUCUUCUGCUUCGGCGGUGCGGACGAGGAUGAUCUGGUGGAAGACGGUCUCGCUGUUUCCCGAUCUAGUUUUGCUCUUCCCCAAAAUGACGAGAAUCCAGAUUGAGAUAUCCUCGCAUGUACCAACACCGGCUGCUGUUUCUGGAUAUACACUAUCCAUAAGUUCUGACUUGGGGGCGGUUAAGGGCAGCUCAGCGGACAUUGUGUUAUUGAGUCUAGCAGUAUGAUAUGGUGAACGAAGACACGGGCAAUGACAUACUAUUGCUGUCUGGAUCUCUCGACAGCUCUGUCUUGCAGAAAAUUUCAAGUUGAAUUCCGU